GAAAGAUGAUGAUAGUGUUUGUGAUACUUAUCUACUUCAAUGGUCUCCUUGUUAGCUCUGAGGGUAACUACCUUCCCUUCCUUCAUCCUACUAACUAUUCAGUACUUGAUGACAUUCUUGAUUAUGCUGUAAAUGUGUCACUGCCUUCCCCAUUAAGGUUUGGAUCAUCAUGUCACACAGAAGCAUGGAUAAGUACUCAUGGAUUGAUUAGUUUAGGAACAAGUUUCAUUGCCUACAUACCCAAUUCUUUUCCUAUUUCUACUCCAGUCAUUGCAGCAUUUUGGGAUGACAAUGACUUAACUGGGAGAGGUGAAGCACGCUAUGCUAUUAUAACUCCAACAACAAAUCUUUCAUUGUGUAAUCAAGUCAAUGAUUACUUAUCUACUUCAACUGGUAGUAGUGUAUCUGUUGAAUGGAUACUGUGGGCCUACUGGUAUGAUCUAUGUCCAACUGGUAAUAAUAUGUUCUAA